AAGGACCCGGGAGACCUGGGAGAGUUUAAAAAGCCCCGGGACCUUCUCUCGGCCUCAGUUGAUGUUCCCAGCUGGCUGCAGCAUGAGGGGGCUGCUGAUUUGGAGUGUGCUGCUAGGGGCUGUCCUUGGCAAAGAGGACUUUGUGGGGCACCAGGUGCUCCGAAUCUCUGCUGCCGAUGAAGCCCAGGUCCAGAAGGUGAAGGAGUUGGAGGACCUCGAGCACCUGCAGCUGGACUUCUGGCGGGGCCCUGGCCAGCCCGGCUCUCCCAUCGACGUCCGAGUGCCCUUCCCCAGCAUCCAGGCUGUCAAGGCCUUCCUGGAGGCCCACGGCCUCGGGUACACGAUCAUGAUUGAGGACGUGCAGUCGUUGCUGGACGAGGAGCAGGAGCAGAUGUUCGCCUUCCAGGCCCGGUCCCGCUCCACCGACACCUUCAACUACGCCACCUACCACACCCUGGAGGAGAUCUACAGCUUCAUGGAUAUGCUGGUGGCCGAGCACCCACAGCUUGUGAGCAAGCUCCAGAUCGGCAACACCUACGAGGGGCGUCCCAUCUAUGUGCUGAAGUUCAGCACCGGGGGAAACAACCGUCCCGCCAUCUGGAUCGACACGGGGAUCCAUUCCCGGGAGUGGGUUACCCAGGCCAGCGGGGUCUGGUUUGCCAAGAAGAUCACACAAGACUAUGGCCAGGACUUCACUCUCACUGCCAUUCUUGAUUCCAUGGACAUCUUCCUGGAGAUUGUCACUAACCCUGAUGGUUUUGCCUUCACCCACAGCAAGAAUCGCAUGUGGCGCAAGACUCGAUCCCUCACACCGGGCUCCUCCUGUGUUGGGGUGGACCCCAACCGGAACUGGGAUGCUGGCUUUGGGAUGGCCGGAGCCAGCAGCAACCCCUGCACGGACACUUACCGUGGCAAGUUUGCAAAUUCCGAAGUGGAGGUCAAGUCCAUCGUGGACUUUGUGAAGAGCCAUGGGAACAUCAAGGCCUUCAUCUCCAUCCACAGCUACUCCCAGCUCCUCCUGUAUCCCUACGGCUACAAGGCAGAGCCAGCCCCCGACCGGGACGAGCUGGAUCAGCUGGCCAAGUCUGCUGUGACGGCCCUGGCCUCUCUGUAUGGGACCAAGUUCAAGUACGGCAGCAUCAUCAAAACGAUUUACCAAGCCAGCGGAAGCACCAUCGACUGGACCUACAGCCAGGGCAUCAAGUACUCCUACACCUUCGAGCUCCGGGACACGGGGCGCUAUGGCUUCCUGCUGCCGGCCUCCCAGAUCGUCCCCACGGCCCAGGAGACGUGGCUGGCGCUUCGGACCAUCAUGGAACACACCCUGAAUCACCCCUACUGAACUGGUCCUUCGGCCCUCUCUUCUUCCUCCUCUCUGGCCCCACCCGGGCGACCAAAUAAAGUCUGAGUGUAAGUGGAACAGAAUCUUGGGGGCUCA